GCCCCUCCUCCUCCCUUUCCCACCCCUCGGAGUGGAGCUGCACAUGCGGCUGCUCCCUGCUCCGUCCCGCCCAGCCACCGUCGCGCAGGAACGGGUCCCUGCAGCCCCCAGCCGAUGGCAGGACAGUAGCCGCCUGUCAGGGGUCGUGAAGGGCUGAGGCGGACGCAGCGGCUCCCGGGCCUCAGAGAGUAGGUGUCUCCGGAGGCCAUGGGCUACCCCGAGGUUGAGCGCAGGGAACCCCUGCCUGCGGCAGCGCCACGGGAGCGAGGGAGCCAGGGCUGCGGCUGUCGCGGGGCCCCUGCCCGGGCAGGCGAAGGGAACAGCUGCCGACUCUUCCUGGGUUUCUUUGGCCUCUCGCUGGCCCUCCACCUGCUGACGUUGUGCUGCUACCUAGAGUUGCGCUCCGAGUUGCGGCGGGAACGCGGAGCCGAGUCCCGCCUGGGCGGCGCGGGCACCUCUGGCACCCUGAGCAACCCCGGUGGCCUCGACCCCGACGCUCCCAUCACCCGCCACCUCGGGCAGCCGUCCCCUCAGCAGCAGCCUUUGGAACCCGGAGAAACCACACUCUCCCCCGACUCCCAGGACGGGCACCAGAUGGCCCUAUUGAAUUUCUUCUUCCCUGAUGAAAAGUCAUACUCUGGAGAGGAAAGUAGGCGUGUUCGCCGCAAUAAAAGAAGCAAAAGCAGUGAAGGAGCAGAUGGUCCAGUUAAAAACAAGAAAAAAGGAAAGAAGGCAGGGCCACCUGGGCCCAAUGGCCCUCCAGGACCACCGGGACCUCCAGGACCCCAGGGACCCCCAGGAAUUCCAGGAAUUCCUGGGAUUCCAGGGACAACUGUUAUGGGACCACCCGGUCCUCCAGGUCCUCCUGGUCCUCAAGGACCCCCUGGUGUCCAGGGACCCUCUGGUGCUGCUGAUAAAGCUGGAACUCGAGAAAACCAGCCAGCUGUGGUGCAUCUACAGGGCCAGGGGUCGGCAAUCCAAGUCAAGAAUGAUCUUUCAGGUGGAGUGCUCAAUGACUGGUCUCGCAUCACUAUGAACCCCAAGGUGUUUAAGCUACAUCCCCGCAGCGGGGAGCUGGAGGUACUGGUGGACGGCACCUACUUCAUCUAUAGUCAGGUAGAAGUAUACUACAUCAACUUCACUGACUUUGCCAGCUAUGAGGUGGUGGUGGACGAGAAGCCCUUCCUGCAGUGCACCCGUAGCAUCGAGACAGGCAAGACCAACUACAACACUUGCUAUACGGCGGGCGUCUGCCUCCUCAAGGCCCGGCAGAAGAUUGCCGUGAAGAUGGUGCACGCCGACAUCUCUAUCAAUAUGAGCAAGCACACCACCUUCUUUGGGGCCAUCAGGCUGGGCGAAGCCCCUGCCUCGUAGAUUGCCCCCCCCCAUCUUGCCCCUGCCCGUGCCCCUGGCCCAGGUUUGGGAGCCGGGACUCCCAGAACCUCUAAGUGCUGCUGUGGUGUUGCAGCCGCAGAGAGAAGUGCCCCAGUGCUAUUUAUUCCCCCAGUGACUCCAGGAUGACAAGGCCUGCUUGACUUUCCAGAAUGACCUUGAGCUAACGGGUCGGUGGUCGGAGCCCCAGGGUUCCCAGGAAGCAGAACCUUCUUCUUUGGCUCCAUGUUCAAUGGCUUGUAUGGCACGACUCUUCCGCCCUAAGGUCCCUGUUGUCAGAUUUGUCGUUUGUUGCACUAAAAUGAGGAUUGCGGGCAGCAGGCCAGAGAAAGCAAAUGCAUGCUCCAGACUCUGUCCGGAGUGACCAUCUGACCCUAAAGGGGCUCAUGCUCCUCCCCUGGCAGGGGGUGGGGGUGGGGUGGCAUGGGAAGCCAGUGCUGUAGCCUAAGGGAGAGGGCCUGGGAGGGGGAAGGCAGGUGCUUGUGGCAGAGAUCGAGGGAGAAGCCUGCCAAGGGGACAUCUUCCAUAGUGGGAGCAUUUUUUGCUGCUCCACUUCGUGGCCUGCAAGAGAGCCAAAGAACGCUAACCCCUCAGGCUGAGAGCCACACUGUGACAGCCUUGAUGGGCUCUGGAGACCAGAGGUCUCCCCUGCCUUGGGGCACUUGCCGGGAAUGGCUACAAACCUGUCUGCCUGAGCGCCCGAGCGCCCGAGUCGGUACUGGGGGCCAUGUGUCUCUCACUUUGUUUACAGCUGGGCACCACACUCAGAAAACUCCAUGGGGUCCCCUCCCCAGCCUCACUAGAACUCCUGUCUUUCUCCACAGAGCCUACCUCUGUCUGAGACAGGUGCCUAAUCCAGGACCUGUGCUCACAUGAGUCUGGGAUAGUCUUUAGCUUCCCUGGGCACAAAGCGAAUUUUCCAUUUACUAAGCAGUACAAAUAUUCAUCGAAUCCUAUUAGAAUUGUGUCUGCUGGUGGAGGAAGGGUUGGACAGGAGGGCAACCCCCACCCCCCGCCGCCGCCGCCGCCACCGCGGCCACCUCCCAACAUCCCCUUCGAGUUCUGAUAUCUGUGAGUCUUAACAAGCGCUUGCCAUGAGAGCCUUCUAAACUCCCAAGCCUCAGACUGAGCAUCAGCAAGGAGAAGCCUAGAAAAGGGCAAAGGGUUUUGUUCCAGUUUGCCGCAGCCCAAAUGGUUAUUAAACCGGGUCUUAUCUGAAAGGACAGCAGCAGAUGCCCUGCUGCCCCAGUCUUUUCUUCACUCUAGCUUGGGAGAAGCAGGGCUCUCUGCCCUUUCGUUGAGGUCCAGAGGCACCAGCGCUGGGCUCCCUGCUGGGAUACUAUGGUAGGGUCAGUCAAGGGCCUGUAUUUCUAACUGUCAGGGCCCAGCCUGGCUUCUGGGUGUUAGGUCCAGCCCCAAGCUUAGAAGGCCAGCCUUGUCUACUUCACUCGGCUUUGCCCCCUGAAACAUAUUUCCUUUUGAGAUGUGUGUCCUUUUAAAGUGAUGAGGAGGAAGUUCCUUCGGGCAGCUGAAACCCACCAAGAAUAGCAGGGACUUCUUUCUCAGCUGUGCCUUCCCUUUCUAAGCAACCACAAUGCUUGGCCCUUGGCCCUUGGAGGGUCGGGAAAAAGGGGUCGGGGCAUCGUGGGGCUGGACCCCUGCUGUAUUUUGGGUGCCAGUGUGAGUCUUGGAACCCAAAGCGAGGCAGAUUUUAGGCAUGUGUGGGACUCCCCCCCAACUCCGAAAUAGGUUGCCUAGGACACUCUGCAGUUGUCACAGGAACCAACCGAGAACCUCUGGCUUAAAGUCGGAAAAGUACUUUCCCUUUUAUUAUCUGCUUUGAGGAAGACAGGGCAGCUGAUAUGACACAGGCCAUGUUUAGGUCGAGGCUCAGAGAGGGGAAGUGCUUUGGCCAACAGCUCGCCCAGGUUCAGUCACAGCAGGGCGUGGCAUUUGAGAUCCACAGAGAACCAGUAAAAGUGAUCAAAGGGAAAGUGAAAUUCUUGAGGGUCCCAGAGAGGAACCCAGAGACGCUCGUUUUCAUUCGAGGGGAAUGUUCCGGGGUGCCCACAGAACUGGUAGGCCUCACGUUCUUUCAUGCAGCUGAUGAGCCAAGCAGCCAUCCUGUGCGAGCCCCAACUAUGGGCAAGGCCCCCCUUUCAUUACCGGAGCUGGCCACCUCCACCAGCUGCUAAAUGUUAAAUAAGCUAAAUGCUUGUCCCUGCCUACUCUGCCAGGGUCUCCCGGGGUUGGAGGGAAGGCCUGAGAGAGGGCUUUGGCUGUAACUGCCCCAGACAUGCAGGUGAUCCCAGAGGAGAAACCGGUUCCCGCCAGGCCCCUCAUCAACUCCCACCCCUGGAGGAAGAAGGCUGGAUGGUAAGGAAAGCGAACCGUAGCUGGGGAACUGUCUUGCCGCAAAGUCGUUGCCCAAGUGGGUGAAGCAAUUUACUGCUAGGCGUGUGUGGGAGUAGAUUUACUGCUUGGAAUUAGGCUGAUGUGGGUUUACCAGAGGGCCACGCUAGUGUGGAGAAUAGGCCGAGGACAUCUGUGGGCAAGCAGAUUGACAGGUCUGUAGGCGAAUUGCAAGGCAGGGGCCUCUGCCAGCUGCCUGGGCGCCAAUAGCCAGGCGGGCACAAACAGCAGCUGUCAGAGGCUGCUGGGCUCCUGGCUGCCUGGAAAAUGCACUCUGUGCCUUCUUUUCCCCUUCAUCCAUCCUGAGCCAAAUGUCUUUUGUUGAACAGGAAAGGGCUGGGAACCCUCGAGGGAAACAAAGACUUCUAUCCGUGUGUGUUUUACAUAACUUCUGGUGGAUGCAAAUAGAUUCAGAGAAAUUGAGAGCCAAGAGCCCUUCAGCGAGAAUCUGGUCCAACCUCAAUUCCACCCUGUAUUACUCUGGUGGAAACUGAGGCCCACUGAGGGCAGGUGACCCUGCCCAAGUUGGGGUGACCAAGGCCUGACCUCCAGACUCAGCAGAGUGAGGGAUAGAGCAAUCCCUAUCCCACAGGGUCCCCUUCUUUCUUCCACCCGCAGACUCAAGGCUGGGAGCACUCUGGCCCCUGUAGGAGCCUGGCCAGACAGGAAGAGAGAAACUGCAGCCUUCAUCGGAACUCUUCCUCCCCUCAGGGCACUCGCCCAGCUCCUGCCUCUGGCCUGCAAGGCUCCAGAAUGGCCCCAUCCCUGCCUCAGGCCUCCUUAGGCCACGCAAGCACAAAGAAGGAACCUGAUUUUUUUUUUCUUUUAGUCCAUUUCAGGGCUCUCUCCAGGAGGGGUUGCGGUGUGUCCUUUCUUUAUCCAGAAAGCUUCCUGCUGGGAUUGGGGGUGGGGAGAUGGAGAGUGGGCCUUGUUGUGAGAAUGGCCUGGAGCAGGGCCAAUGCUGCUUUUGGGGGUCAGCAUCCAGUGUGAGAUACUGUGUAUAUAAACUAUAUAUAAUGUAUAUAAACUGGGAUGUAAGUUUGUGUAAAUUAAUGGUUUAUUCUUUGCAAAUAAAAGCGCUUUUUC